AUGUCACCACCUCCCUCCCCAUCGAACGAGCAACCGCUGCCCUCCUCACGCGCCCAGCUCUCCGCUCUGCUCAAGCACAAACUCCGCGCCAUACCACCCUACCACCUCCCCACACUGACCCUAGACGAUAUAAUCCUGCCAAACCCAAUAGCUACACACAUUCCCAACAUACCGCCCGACAUUCAGCUGCCCUUCUUCCUGCGCCACCGCGCCCUCAUGGCACGGGACGACGACCGGGCUAUCAAGAGUGAAGAAUUGCAGAGUAUGGACGUUACGAGGGCGAUAUGGUACUAUCGGCUUGAUUCUGCGCGGCAGUUUCAACGCUACCAUGAUGGAGUGAGAUGGAAUCUUGCCAUGUUUACUGCGCUGCUUGCGCGCGAGUUUGUAGAGGCUGGGUCUCCGGUCGAUGACAUUGGAAUGAAUACGGCGACUACGAGCAGUGAGAGAAGAUUCGAUCACUGGGUACCUGCAGACCAUUACUAUCCAGCGUCCGCACGAUCCCAGCGUAGCUUCGACAACCACGUCCCGACAUACCAGUCCUGCCCAUCAUCCUCACGAUCCUCCCGUGGCCUCGACAACCACUUCCCGGUAGAUCAUUACUAUCCAUCAUCCUCAAGAAUCUCACAAACCUCCUGUAACUUCGAUAACCACAACCCCCCACCCCCAUCCUACCGCCCCCUCCCCCCCUCCGCCAAAACCUUCACAGCCCUUUACCUCUCCGCCGUCCUCGAACACCACAGCACCCCUACAACCUUCCACGCACAUGAAGCCUUCCUAAAAGCCUGGAAGACGUCGCCCUGGGACCUCUUCCGCGUCCACGGCGCGGCGCAAAAGAAACUGCUCAAGAGCGAGAUGAAGCGGCUACGGGGUGAGUGGGAGCGCUUGUUGGAUCGGGAGAGGGAGAGGUUGGGGCGCGCGGAGUAUGAGAGGGUGGUGGGGAGAUGGGUGGGCGGGGUGGUGCCGGGGAGGAGGGAUCAGGGGGUUAGGGGGAUGGGGGAUCAGGGGGUUGGUAUUUCGUUUGCCGGUCUGAACCCCUUGGAUACAGAUUCACAUUCCAGCACCACAUACGACAACGCUUCGUCUUCGGACACGCUCCUUCAAGCUCUACUCAUACCCUUUCCCGCCCAAGACCCAGCACCGCCUACGCAAAUUGAAGACACGAGCACGGUGACCGACCUACGGGAUGCAAUUGCAGCGGUGCGGAGUGUAAGGGCGAGGGAAAUACUGGCUAUGCUGGUGGCGAGGUUUCCAGUUGAGGGUGAGAAGGAGGGCGAGAACUGA